CCUAUGAACACAACAGUAUAACGUUACCGUGUAGCUGCUGCUGUUCAUCAGUCGAUUCGUCCACAUCCAGUGUGCGGCGUACAGCGGCAGGUGCGUCUCUGUAGUGACUACUGUAUCAUUGUAUUAUAGGCUAUACUGUAAUAGUAAAGUAUAUUUGCACCUGUAAAGCAGACUUUUGCGAUGGUGUUGUAAUAGUGAUUGCUGCAAUGCAGUUUGCUGUUUUUACAUCUAGAACUCUAAAUAUAUAUCUGUUACUUUUAAUAAUCUCACGCAUAGAUCAAUGCACGUUGAUAUCAAUUUCGCUAUUGCUUAUGACAAUGUUUGUGUAAAUAGCCUAGGUCAGCAAUAGUUUACAUGUAGGUUUAUAUGCUGAGCCAGUCAACUGGGUUCCCUGGGGAGUUUUUCACCCUAGGCUUGCACUUUUAAAAGUUCACUUCAGUGACAAAUUACUAAAAAGUUAAAUACAAAUAGACUAGGAUUGAUUUGAUUGAUUGAAAGAAAGGAAUUUUAAGUAAACUUUGAAAGUAGGAAGUAUUAGUAGCGCAAUGACAGUGAAUGACCCUAGACCUGUAUCUGGAAUUUGGUGGAGGGAAGACAGAAUUUGGUGGAGGGAAGACAGAUUGAUUGUCAUUUCUCAUGCGUUCAGAAUUCAAAUCUGUUCAGUAUUCAAAUGUACAUUGUGUCAAGUGCAUAGAGAACUCAGUAGUUCUGAAAAUCUUUGUCGUAGCAGAAGAGAUUCAUCCGGAAAUCCUUCUGAUCUGUGUAGUUAAUGUUUUGAUUAUUGGUCUUUCUGCCUUUCAGUUUGUCAGAGAGUACUUCUCAGUCUAUAACUAGUCGUCAUGCUCUCUACACCUACACAUUUCUGUAGACAGGAAACAGGUUAAUUCUGGCCUCAAGGUGUUAUCUGAGGAGACUUACUGUACUGUACGCUAUGUGUUGAUGCGGAAUGGCAGCUUUAGACCGUUUGAGGUUGUUUGAAUGUUUUUAUGUACGUUUGUAAAUUACAUAAAUUCAUCAAUUUUUAUUUUUUUUAUUUUUAUUUUACCUUUAUUUAACCAGGCAAGUCAGUUAAGAACAAAUUCUUAUUUAUAAUGACGGCCUACACCGACCAAACCCGGAAGACGCUGUGACAAUUGUGCAAUAUAAAUUGUCAAUAUAAUUUGUUUCCCAAUGUUUCCCUGUAUGUAUCGACUUUGGUGUCUGAUAGGUUAGGUGUCACUUAUCAAGUGAAUGAUCAAAAAGGCUUUAUGUUUUUAUGAGUUGCGGAGAAGGCCCCCCACCUUCAGUUGUCUUACAGUGCAUUCGGAAAGUAUUCAGACCACUUGACCUUUUCCACGUUUUGUAACUUUACAGCCUUAUUCUAAAAUGGAUUAAAUCUAUAUUUUUCCUCAUCAAUCCUUACACAAUACCCCAUAAUGACAAAGAGAAAAGUGGUUUUUAGAAAUGUUGCUACUUUAUUACAAAUAAAAAUGGGAAAUAUCACAUUUACAUAAGUAUUCAGACCCUUUACUCAGUAAUUUUUUGAAGCACCUUUGGCAGCGAUUACAGCCUUGAGUCUUCUUGGGUAUGACGCUACAAGCUUGGCACACCUGUAUUUGGGGAGUUUCUCCCAUUCUUUGCAGAUCCUCUCAAGCGCUGCACAGCUAUUUUCAGGUCUCUCCAGAGAUGUUCGAUCGGGUUCAAGUCCGGGCUCUGGCUGGGCCACUCAAGGACAUUCAGAGACUUGUUCCGAAGCCACUCCUGCAUUAUCUUGGCUGUGUGCUUAGGGUCGUUGUCCUGUUGGAAGGUGAACCUUCGCCCAGUCUGAGGUCCUGAGCACUCUGGAGCAGGUUUUCAUCAAGGAUCUCUCUGUACUUUGCUCCGUUCAUCUUUCCCUCAAUCCUGACUAGUCUACCAGUCCCUGCCGCUGAAAAACAUCCCCACAGCAUGAUGCUGCCACCACCAUGCUUCACCUUAGGGAUGGUGCCAGGUUUCCUCCAGACAUGAUGCUUGGCAUUCAGGCCAAAAAGUUCAAUCUUGGUUUCACCAGACCAGAGAAUCUUGUUUCUCAUGGUCUGAGAGUCUUUAGGUGCCUUUUGGCAAACUCCAAGCGGGCUGUCAUGUGCCUUUUACUCAGGAGUGGCUUCUGUCUGGCAACUCUACAAUAAAGGCCUGAUUGGUGGAGUGCUGCAGAUAUGGUUGUCCUUCUGGAAGGUUCUCCCAUCUCCACAGAGGAACCCAUCGGGUUCUUGGUCACCUCCCUGAACAAGGCCCUUCUCCCCCGAUUGUUCAGUUUGGCCGGGCGGCCAGCUCUAGGAAGAGUCUUGGUGGUUCCAAACUUCUUCCAUUUAAGAAUGAUGAAGGCCACUGUGUUCUUAGGGACCUUCAAUGCUGCAGAAAUGUUUUGGUACCCUUCCCCAGAUCUGUGCCUCGACACAAUCCUGUCUCGGAGCUCUAUGGACAAUUCCUUCAACCUCAUGGCUUGGUUUUUGAUCUGACAUGCACUGUCAACUGUGGGACCUUAUAUAGACAGGUGUAUGCCUUUCCAAAUCAUGUCCAAUCUAUUGAAUUAGCCACAGGUGGACUCCAAUCAAGUUGUAAAAACAUCUCAAGGAUGUUCAAUGGAAACAGGAUGCACCUGAGCUCAAUUUCGAGUCUCAUAGCUAAGGGUCUGAAUACUUAUGUAAAUAAGGUAUUUCAGUUUUUUUUUUUUUUUUAUAAAUUAGCAAAAAUAAAUAAAAACCUGUUUUCGCUUUGUCAUUAUGGGGUAUUGUGUGUAGAUUGAUGAGGAUUUGUAAUUUUUUAAAAUCCAUUUUAGAAUAAGGCUGUAACGUAACAAAAUGUGGAAAAAGUCAAGGGGUCUGAAUACUUUCCAAAUGCACUGUAUAUCCACUAUAUACAGUACAUGUGGUGUCAUCAACCCCUGCUAUUUUCUCUAGGAGGGAGCCCAUGAUGCUAAAAUGUGAUGUUUGACCUCAAAAUUCUCUUGGGAUUAAUAAGAAAACAACCCCAUGGAACCCUCCAGUAGGUACACUUUCACUCACUCAGUCUUUGAACUCAUACAGUAUUUUAAUUAUUUAUGUAUACUUUGCUCUUUACUGUUUACUGUUGUUUGUCUCUAUUAAUCACUUGGGUAGACUGAUGUCUAGUUGUAAGAAUCCCCACACAUAGGACCACUGUGUUUUAAACAGAGCUGCUAUCUUGUCAAAAUAUGAAGUGAUGUUUAUAACUCUAUUAUUGUAGCUGUCAGUAUGUCGUCAGCAGUGGAGUCCAGUAUGUACACCAGUAUCCGGGCCAUCCUCAGACAGGCUGCCUCCUCAUGCAACAAAGGUACAUUAUCAGUGCAUACAACAAUUAAAAGGAAACGAUUAUCACAUGUAUCAUUAUGUGGCAUAAUUAUCUAUUAUAGAAUAUUAUUAGUAUUACACAAUUUAAUAGACUAGAGGACAUAAUGUUGUCAAUUCAGCAGCAUUGUAUGACUUCCUGAAGGUAUGCUGAGGUGGACUCUUCAUAAGAAGGUGGAGACCCAUCCGUCUAACAGUGUCUCACUGGUCAGGGUUCUGGUCAAAGAGCUGGAGAAGGUUGGUCUGCCACUACUAGAGUGUUUUGUUCUUGCAGAAUGACACAUGGCAUGCCCUUUGUCUUCAGAAGUAGAAUUGGCCAUUUAAUUGUCAGUUUGUUGAUGAAACCUUCCUUCAUUUGUUGAUUCAGGUGGAGAGGAUUGACGAUAAGAUGCAUGUCAUUCCAUUGCUUCACACUCUCAUCUAUGUUAUUAUUCAGGUCAGAUCCAUUUACCUUACCUUCAUCUGAAAUUACCUUGAUCAUAGAGUAGCUGUCCUGUAUUACUGACGUCUUAUUUACUGUGUUAUAUCCACGUAUUAUAUUUAUUGUGUUGAGUUCCUGGUUAUCUUUAUCAUGCACAGAAUAGUUAUAUUGUUCCUUGUUUGUUUUUACUUGCCAAUCAGCUCUGAUGUAUGUAUCUGAUUGUGAUGGCUGUUGUCUCUAUUCCGGUGUAUCGGCAGCAGUCUGGCCACAUUCCAUGUAACCUGUAUCAGAGAGUGUAUGAGUGCUUGAAAAGGCUGCUAACACUUCCAGAGCCCUACUGUACUAUCACACUGAGAUACAUGAGGAGCAUAAAGAUGGAGCAGAUCACACCAGGUACUCAUCAAUAGCACUUUACACUUCAGUGGCAUGUACUGUAGCACAAGCACAUUUGAAUCAUAAGAAGACAGUAUACAGUUCUCCAAACAUUUAUCUGAGUUUCUACCUUACAAUAACUUACUCCACAGGAGCUUUGUAUCAGAGAAGGGUCAUUGCUGAGCAGAGCCUAAGGAACAAACAUUUUCCCAAGCAGGAAAAGUGAGUUUAAAACAACCAUGAACACAUAUGCCAUCAGAAGAUAUUUUACACUUCCCACUGAAGUCCAUUUGUAGUCACUGAAUCAUUAUUAGCAACAGCUGACUAAUUUAAUCAUGGUCAUUUCUCGUAAGGUGAGGGUGGUAUUUAUUUUGCUCUGUGUGAGCUGUGGUGAUACUUUCCCUUUCACAAACUGAUGCUUGUAAAUGAGGACUUUCCCCUCAGCUACUCUGAGGUUGUGCUGUAUCCACAAUAGCUGUGCUGACUGGCUGCCCCUCUGACUGUGUCCCCUGUAGGGUAUUUGUGUUUGCAGACCCUGCUGUGUUCUCAGGGCCCAUGUGGCAGGCGGUGAGGGCAGACCUGGAGCUGGCCAGCCCCCAAAGUGACACACUGGCAAGACUGGUGCUACUGCACACUCUGCAGGCUGGACUGGUGAAGGCCUGUCAUGGCCCCAUACUGACUCAAGCUCUGGAGGUGAGGGAGGUCAAUGGGCUGUGAUGAUAUGAGACGUUUGGAUUAAUUGAUUUCAUAUUUGUGUGCAUCAGAUGGAUCAUGAAAUCACAUGUGUGCCUGCGUGUGUGCGGGCGGGCAUGUGUGUGUGUGUUGCAGGAUCUAGGAGAAGAUGUGGAGCAGUACUUCCAGGAGGUGGUGUUAGCUGUAGAGCAGAGUAUAGAGAACGGCGAGGCUGGCCGUGACCAGUACCAGACCAGGCUACAGCACAUCUACAGUGACAUCCUGACCUCUGCUAACCAAGGUGUGUGUAAAGGAGAAUAGGGUUGGGCGGUUUCCAGAUUUUCAUAUCGUCAUACCGUCCUUCUCUCAUCUCGGGAUUUACGGUAUUACCUGUGUAGUACACAAGGGGGCGCCAAAAAACAGAAAAAAACAUUGGGCAUCUAUUACCAUAAUGCUAGCAAAGCACAAUUAAUAGCGAAUUUCCAUGAAGGCUGCUAGCUAAAUAUGCUAACGAGCGCAAACGAAAAUAAACAAAUUGCAAUGACAGGAAUUCCAGCUCAUUAAGUUAUACAUAUAUAGGUAGGAGCUACUGAAUGUCAUUUUUGGUGAGUUUGGACAUUUACAAGCGAAUGUGAACAAGAGACAUUGUGCAAAUGAACAAAGUUUUGAUCCGUGCUUGUCUGAAGGAAGAACAGUACUGGCUCUGGAGCAGUAUGUGUACACACUGUUUCUGUGUGGAGUCUGGAGUCUCUAGGGCAACGGGCCUGCCUGUUCUGCUCGGAGAAGAGGGAAGGAGUAGCAGACAGCCAAGAAUGUAGAGGAGAAAAAACGCAAGGAAAUCAAGAUAACAUUGGCAGCUGUACAGAUUUCUCAGACACGGCAGAAAGCUAACAUCAUAUGAUGCCCUGUCACCUUAUUAAUUCAGCCACUUACUUAGAUAACUAGCAAGUUAAACUUAGGGGUCGCGUUAACGAAGAAUUCUGCAUUUUUCACGAAAAAAAUAUCAAACGUAUAAGAAAUACCUUGCUGCGUUUUAUAAACGCAGAUCUAAAAUGCUUCUUAUUGUAAUUUCUGCUCGGCAUCAGACUAAUUCUGUGCUUCAGUUGCACUUCUCCAUUCAGAUGAGAAUUCAGGAACGAGCAUUCUAUCAGCAGACAGCGCUCUGACUAAUGUGGAGCUACUUUUCUCCGGUACUUUUUAGUGUAGCCUACUUUUCUCCUGUAAAAUGCUAGAUUAACUUUAAGCAAAACAUUAGGAAAUGUAGCUGGCUACGUUCUUUCUAUGAUAAACAUUAGAAAUAUGAUGGCCAUGCAUCAUUUUUGAAAAUAUUCCUUGCUUUUUCAUAUUAAGCUCAUUUACUUGUGUGGCUGCCAGCCAAAUAGCGUUUCACUUCUGUUGUCAUCUGAUAAAGAAUUAAGCUAUUUUCUGCCGAAUGUGUUACACUAAUGUAUUUUCUGUGAAGGAAAGUAUAGUUACACGCCCCUGAUCACUCUAUUGAAGCAAAAAAACACUGUUGACUUUCAAUAUAAAAUAUAAUACCCCUGUGAGUACUCAGCUGGACUGACCUGCUCCCGCUUUCUCCCAUUGUGCUAUUUACAAACAAACACGUGACUGGCUUAACUGUUCUGGGGAACUACGGUAAGCUUCAUAAUGUAAGAUAGUGUGACAGCUGAAAUGAAGUACGCAAUCUGCUUUAUCUCUUAAUGUAUUGCACAAGUUGACUGAAGGUAUUUACUUAAAAGAGUAGCUACAAAUAUUUUUAUUUAAUGAAAAACUUCAAAUAAAUAGCUUAAACGUUAUUGACGGUAUUGAAAAACGAUCCCGUGGCUAUUUCCAAAUACCCCGGCAUACGGUAUAUAUGGUAUACCACCCAAGCCUAGAGGAGAAUAAUGAAAGAGAUUUGCUGACUGUGACAAACAGGAUACGCACUGUUUAUUGUUUUAUGUUCACUCUCUCUCUGUUCAGACCCAAAGGCCCGGGGCUCUCUUUCUAACACUCCAUUGCCCUCUCCAAAGAUUCACUUCCACCUGUGGACAAACGAAGAGGAGCUGUGUGAGUCAACAUUAGAGAACAUUAGAGUCUCUAGGCCAUUAUAAAGACUUGAGAAUACUGUCAAAUCAGACUAAUAGAUAGUGUGGCAAUCUUGAAUCUUUCAUAUUUUUCUAUAGGGAAUGAGCUGAUGAACUUCACCCUAAACGUUUCCCCCUCUGAGCGGAACUCUAUGUACCAGGAGGAGGAAGAGGAGAAGGAUGUGUCCAAGAGGGUUUCCCUCCUGUCUGUUGACAGUGGAAUAGAGAAGGACCGGUCACCGGGUUUCAGAGGGAGAAUGAAGCCGGAAGACAAAAUGGCGCUGGUGCAGGAAAACAUCAAGGGGCCCACCAGUAGCACCCCUCUCCCUAAAGAGGAGGGGAACCAUACAGCACGCAUAGUGGUGAUGGGAGACGACAGGGUGCUGGGGAGACUGGCCAAGGCGUAUCACUCCAUCCGGUAGAAAGUACUUCUACUGUCCCUUAAUGUCCCUUAAUACCUAAUUCCAUCCUCAUACAUGUGAAAUUCAAUUUUUAUCCAAAGCGACUUAAAGUAAUGUGUGCAUACAUUUUAUGUAUGGGUAGUGCUGGGAAUUGAACCCACUAUCCUGGCAUUGCAAACACAAUGCUCUACCAACUGAGAUACAGAGGACUACACUGUAAUUACACUAUAAUUCUGUCAUUUAGGAAUGUGUGUGAACUGUUUUACAAUGUGCAUUGCUUUUGUGUGCAGAAAAAGGGAGGCAAAAUAUCUCAUCUUGACCAAGAGAGUGAACCUACAGAUAUACUACAUCCCUGUCACUAAUGAGCCCAUCGUCAAUUCACCUGUGAGCAAUAAUCCAGUCCAAAAUCAAAUCAUACCAAUAAUGUAAAAUAAACAUCCAUCUCAUGCUACACAUGUACAGUAACCGGUAUGAUUUGAUAGGUUAAGGAACCACAGUCUUUUUCUCUUUUUCAGGGAAGCACAUCACAAGUUGGAGACAGGUUGUCUCUAGCCUCGUUCUUAGGAAGGGUUGAUCCCUGGUACGAAAGCAACAUCAACAGUUUGGGAGCCAUGAUUCCAAAGCUGGCGGGAACGGUGAUGAUUACUACUACAUGCAUUGUUUCAUAAAGUAAUCACAUGGUCUAAUUCUGAUCAUGAUUAUCCAGAAAGAUCCAUCAAAUAGUUUCAAGGAUACCUAAAUGGAAAGGGGUUUUAAGAGAGAAAUAGACAUCCAGUCAUGUCACAGUGAGACCUAAUACUGUGUCUACUAUGUGCCAUUGCAGCAGUCCAGUCACAGCAGGUCAUCAGAACCCAACCUAUUCCUUGUGGAUGUCCUCUCCUACUACCUUCGCUGUGGCCUACAGCCUGUCCACUUCACACUCUACUCCGUCAAGGUCAGGUCCCUGAGAUACAUCCACAUGUUAUAGUCACGUGUGUGUGUGUGAGUGUGUGUGUGUGUGUUAGCAGCAGGAUGAUACACAAACAUAUGGCUGCCCAUGAAUAGUUCAUACUUAAGAGUUCAUAGCCCAGAAUAACAUAAUUAUUACGGUUUUCAUCAGGGGUUAAAUUGGGAAUUUGGAGGUUGGGAAGCCCUAUUUGAUGGAUGGGGGGGAUUAAGGUUGGAGUUUAAGUUAUGGUUAGGGCUGGAGCUAAAGUUAGGAUUAAGUUUGUGGUUGAGGCAAGGUUUAGGGUUGAACCAGAAUGUGGACGUAAAGCUAGGCUUAGGGUUGAACCGGGAUGUGGACAUGAAGCUAGCAUUAUGGUUAGGGUUGAGGUUUAGGCUUGAACUGAGAUGUGGACAGGAAUCUAGGGUUAGGGUUGUGGUUGUGGUUGAGGCUAGGUUAAGGGUUUAACCAGGAUGUGGACAUUAAUCAUUUGACCCAAGGUGCAGGAGCCCUGCUUCGAGUAGCUCCGGCUCAAUUUAACCACUUUUUAUCAUUAAGAAAAAAACAGAACACAAUUUCUCCCUAAUUUCAGCUUGUUCUUGUUGCCCUGUUGUGUUUUUAGAUAUCUGUCUCUGGCCAGACUGGCAGCCCUGUGGAGGAGGUGUUUGUGUCCCACCUGGAAGCAGAGUUCCCAGAGUUUAAAACCCUCAGAGAAAAUCUGAGACAAGGUACUGUUGUCAAAACUGUGAAUGCAGCCUGAACCGUGUUGUAAGGACAGGGACAGAAACUAUCUGGUCCUGUUAUUGCUUCUGUUGGUGAUUGUCAUAAUGUCUCUGUGCAGAGAGAUCUAGUAGGCGACGAACAAGGAAGCCACUUGGAACCUGUGGAGCGGUGGUUUCUGUGAAUUACAGUAAGGUACUUUCUGAAGGCUUUCUUCCCUAUUUGUGUUAUAUAAUAUUUGGUUAGUGGUUAGUGAAUGUAUUCCUGCUGGUUUAGUGUAGUCACAGUAUCACUGUAAUCAUUUAGGAACAAGUGGUACACUUUUAAAUGAAAAGUAACAACUAUGGCAAUAUCUAGAUAUCCUUUAAAUCCGUAUGGCAUAAUGUCUUAACUACUGUACCAAAUGUGUUUGUGUCUCAUAUACUUUCUGCAGGUCUCCUUGAGCAAACAAGAGGUUGUUAAGGGAAUGUCAGUGAUGACAUGUGGAGUGGUCAUCAGUGCAAUAUCACCCAAUGAAACAGAAGGUUUGCAUUAAAACAUAUAGUAACUACCUAGCUGUUCUCAAUGGCAACUUGGUUUCAUUACCUCAAAUCAACAAUUUGUCAUCCCUACUUUCCCUAGGUCUUGAUUUCCUCACUGUCAAUUUUGACAGCACAAAUCCAAGAUGCUGCGCGGUAAGGAUAUUUCUGAAUGUGUGAUUAAUAAAUCAUUGAGACCCCAGUAACACCAUAUUGAAAAGUACUGAAACUGUCAGUCAGGCAACACACUGCCGGAUGUGGUUUCUUGAUCUUAUCCUCAUGUCUCACCUCCAAAGUAGAUUAUUGAUUAAGGCAAUUAUAUAUAAUGGUAGAGGUUUGAUUUGAGCCCAUACAUGUAAAGAGGGUAGGCAUACAAUAUGUACUGCAAUUUGGAGUCACAUCCCACAAUGAUUUUUGCUCCCAACCUAUCAGGAUAUUUAAUUUUACCCUGCUGUGUUUACAGGAGAUCAGAACCCAAAACAUUAAAAUCAGAAUCCUGGAGGAUAAGACCUUCACUGUGUGUCUGGACAAAGACUGUCGCAGGAAAUACACACAUGUCCAAAGGUCAGAGAUAACACUCAUCAGCAAUAGAAUGCCAUGAUGCUCUACCAUCUCUACUAUUGAUCAAUACUAUACAGUAGUUAUUUGGUUGUCUUUUACAGAGAAUUUCCCUGGGCUCAAACUGUAAUAACUAAGUAAGUAACACUAUUUUACAGCAUUGAGAUCUCUCCAUGCUUGGAUCCAGGGUAUUGCCCCCAGACAAGUUCCAAGUCCAAUUUCAGUGUGGGAGAGGAGUGGGAGGCGGGGCUGAGCAAGUACUUGUGCAAGAUCCUGCCUCUGCCAAUCAACACCUUCACUGGCAUCAACCACUGAGGGGAUUUGAUUAUUUGGCCUGGGCUCCGACCCGGGCUCCGUCCCGGGCGUGAGCCAGGUGCCCCGCUCUGGCCAACGGCGAAGGAAGCUAAAAACAAAAGUGACGCAGGUUAAGCACGUGGUGUAAUGAGUAGGAUUCUGUGUUUUCACAUGCAAAAGGGAUUUAUUUUGAUAAAAAAACACUUUAUCUGCCUUCCCAAUGAAAACUAGUUUGAAAAUUCUAACAUAUAUUUUAUGAAAAAGAGAUGUUGUUUGUAUUUUUUGGGGGUAUUUUAUUAGGAUCCCCAUUAGCUGUUGCAAAAGCAACAGCUACUCUUCCUGGGGUCCACACAAAACAUGAAACAUGGCAUAAUACAGAACAUUAAUAGACAUGAACAAGCUCAAGCACAGAACUACGUCAAAUUCUUUUUUUUUUAAGGCACACGUAGCCUACAUAUCAAUACAUACACACAAACUAUCUAGGUCAAAUAGGGGAGAGGCGUUGUGCCGUGAGGUGUUGCUUUAUCUGUUUUUUUUUAAACCAGGUUUGCUGUUCAUUUGAGCAAUAUAAGAUGGAACGGAGUUCCAUGCAAUAAUGGCUCUAUAUAAUACUGUACGCUUUCUUGAAUAUGUUCUGGAUUUUGGGACUGUGAAAAGACCCCUGGUGGCAUGUCUGGUGGGGUAAGUGUGUAUGUAAGAGCUGUGUGUAAGUUGACUAUGCAAACAAUUUGGGAUUUUCAACACAUUAAUGUUUCUUAUGAAAAGAAGAAGUGAUGCAGUCAGUCUCUCCUCAACUCUUAGCCAAGAGAGACUGGCAUGCAUAGUAUUUAUAUCAGCCCUCUGACUACAAUGAAGAACAAGACGUGCCGCUCUGUUCUGGGCCAGCUGCAGCUUAACUAGGUCUUUCCUUGCAGCACUCGACCACAUGACUGGACAAAAAUGAAGAUAAGACUAAACUAGAGCCUGCAGAACUUUCUUUUUGGAGUGUGGUGUCAAAAAAGCAGAGCAUCUCUUCAUUACGGACAGACCUCUCCCCAUCUUUACAACCAUUGAAUCUAUAUGUUUUGACCAUGACAGUUUUUACAAUCUAAGGUAAUGCCAAGUAAUUUAGGCUCCUCAACUUGUUCAACAGCCACACCAUUCAUUACCAGAUUCAGCUGAGUUCUAGAACUUGGGGAAUUAUUUGUACCAAAUACAAUGCUCUUAGUUUUAAAGAUGUUCAGGACCAGUUUAUUACUGGCCACCCAUUCCAAAACAGACUGCAACUCUUUGUUAAGGGUUUCAGUGACUUCAUUGGCUGUAGUUGCUGAUGCAUAUAUGGUUGAAUCAUCAGCAUACAUGGACACACAUGCUUUGUUUAAUGCCAGUGGCAGGUCAUUGGUAAAAAUAGAAAAGAGUAGAGGGCAUAGAGAGCUGCCCUGCGGUACACCACACUUUACAUGUUUGACAUUAGAGGAGCUUCCAUUAAGGAAAACCCUUUGAGUUCUAUUAGAUACAGUGCAUUCGGAAAGUAUUCAGACCCCUUCCCUUUUUCCACAUUUUGUUACGUUACAGCCUUAUUCUAAAAUUGAUUAAAUAAAUAAAAAUCCUCAUCAAUCUACACACAAUACCCCAUAAUGCCAAAGCUAAAAUAGGUUUUUCGAAAUUUUUGCAAAUGUUUACAAAUAAAAAACAGAAAUAACAUAUUUACAUAAUUAUUCAGACCCUUUGCUAUGAGACUCGAAAUUAAGCUUAAGUGCAUCCUGUUUCCAUUGAUUAUCCUUGAGAUGUUUCUACAACUUGAUUGGAGUCCACCUGUGGUAAAUUCAAUAGAUUGGACAUGAUUUGGAAAAGCACACACCUGUCUAUAUAAGGUCCCACAGUUGACAGUGCAUGUCAGAGCAAUAACCAAGCCAUGAGAUCGAAGGAAUUGUCUGCAGUGCUCCGAGACAGGAUUGUACCAAGGCACAGAUCUGGGGAAGGGUACCAAAAAAUGUCUGCAGCAUUGAAGGUCCCCAAGAACACUGUGGCCUCCGUCAUUCUUAAAUGGAAGAAGUUUGGAACCACCAAGACUCUUCCUAGAGCUGGCUGCCCGGCCCAACUGAGCAAUCGGGGGAGAAGGGUCUUGGUCAGGGAGGUGACCAAGAACCCGAUGGUCACUCUGUCAGAGCUCCAGAGUUCCUCUGUGGAGAUGGGAGAACCUUCCAGAAGGACAACCAUCUCUGCAGCACUCCACCAAUCAGGCCUUUAUGGUAGAAGGGCCAGACGGAAGCCACUCCUCAGUAAAAGGCACAUGACAGCCCACUUGGAGUUUGCUAAAAGGCACCUAAAGGACUCUCAGACCAUAAGAAACAAUAUUCUCUGGUCUGAUGAAACCAAGAUUGAACUCUUUGGCCUGAAUGCCAAGCGUCACGUCUGGAGAAAACCUGGCACCAUCUCUACGGUGAAGCAUGGUGGUGGCAGCAUCAUGCUGUGGGGAUGUUUUUCAGCGGCAGGGACUGGGAGACUAGUCAGCCUAGGUUUGCCCACUUUGCCAAUGAAGUAAUCAUUUAAAUAAUUGGCAACAUCAAAUGGUUUUGUGCUGAAUAAGCCAUCUGAUUUGAUGAAAGAUGGAGUUGAAUUUGUCUUUCUGUCCAUAAUUUCAUUUAAAGUAUUCCAACGUUUUUUUGCAUCAUUCUUUAUAUCAUUAAUCUUGGCUUCAUAAUACAGUUUCUUCUUUUUUGUUGUUGAGUUUAGUCACAUCAUUUCUCAAUGUGCAGUAAGUCAGACAGUCAGAUGUGCAGCCAGACUUAUUAGCCACUCCUUUUGCCCCAUCUCUUUCAACCACACAGUUUUUCAAUUCCUCAUCAAUCCAUGGAGCCUUAACAGUUCUAACAGUCAGUUUCUUAACAGGUGGAUGUUUAUCAAUAAUUGGAAGAAGCAAUUUCAUAAAGUGCAGUGUCUGGAUGCUCCUUAUUAAUCACAUCAGACCAACAAAUAUUUUUAACAUCAUCCACAUAAGAGUCACAGCAAAAUAUUUUGUAUGAUCUCUUAUCCACUAUUUUAGGCCCAGCUUUUGGAACUUUGGCUUUCCUGAAUAUAGCCACUAUAUUGUGAUCACUGCAUCCAAUGGGUACGGAUACAGCUUUAGAACAACGUUCUACAGUAUUAGUAAAAUGUGAUCAAUACAUGUGGAUGAUCUUGUUCUUGUAGUGUUUGUAAACACCCUGGUUGUUUGUUUCUGAAUGAUGCAACAUGCUGCCUAGUAGACAACAUGACAGAGCGGCGCAGAUUACUGUUCGAGUUGAGAAUUGCGCUCCUCGCUCACCGCUUUUGCCCAUUCAUGUCAUGGGCCAUAGACCGGUGCACCGUGGUUCAGCUUAAUCGAUGCCAAUGCCUAGUAGUGUGGGUGGGGUUCAACAGGCACAGUAACAUUUUUAGAGCUGUCACUCCUGUCUACAAAAGUGCAGCUAUAUUCUUGAAACACAACUAACUUUUGUAAUUUUCUUUAACACAGCAUAUUGACUGUAUAAAGACAUGUUCAGCAGUUGUAUAUUUCCUUGCAAAUUCCAGAUGGACAGUCCAGUGAAUUGUUAAUGUUUUGACUGUAUUUAAUCUGGACUACUUUCUACAGUGCUUGUUUGCAAUAAAUGUUCUGUUUACACUAUGCUAUUAAAGGAAGGCACUGUGUUAUUAAUCACAGAGGAAAUUAUGGUCCUCAGCUGGUAGAGCACGGCGCUUGUAACGCCAAGGUAGUGGGUUCGAUCCCCGGGACCACCCAUACACAAAAAAUGUAUGCACGCAUGACUGUAAGUCGCUUUGGAUAAAAGCGUCUGCUAAAUGGCAUAUUAUUAUAUUAUAUUAUUAUUACUUCUUACAUCUUACCCGAUUCAAAUGUUUAGAAUGAAGAACAUAUUUUUGACUGUGUGACUUUUUUGUAUGAAUAAACUAUGAGUUAAUUUAAUCAUGUAGCACUGGAAAAACUCACCACCUGAGCUGGGUGUUUUUUUCCCCCUGUCUCGUGCAGUUGUCAUCCUCACGCCGUGAGGGCGCUGCAGACAAACAGAUGGAUACGUGC